CCAGAGCCGGGGAAAGGUAUUUUUAGGGCUGUUGAUCUGACACCAGCUGAGUUCGCUCUCCUGUGAGGUUGGGGUUCGGUGAGAGAGCAGAACAGGGAGCCGCAGGGUCAGCUCUUGCUUUGGUUUGUUUUCAGUGUUUAAUUGGACCGAGGUCAUUCCCUACCACUCUUAUCUGUGGCAGAUAUUUUUGUGCUUCUCUCCUGUUCACGCUUACAGUUUUACUCCAGGCGAUAGUUACCCACCAGCUAAAAUAUUUGUUUAUUAACAAUGCACUGAGAAGCAUCUAUAUUGUUAGAGUUCAGCUUGCAGGUUGUUGGGUUUUUAAACCACUAUUGUUAUACUUGGGGAAAAAGCAGCUUUCCAUAGAUUAACAGAAAGAAAACCCAAACAUGGCAGUUUAUGCAUCUGUUGGCCUUGAGAUAUGAAGCUGCCCUAUAAAUAAUUGCUUAUUAUUAGGUUGGUCCUUGCUGUCUGUAACCACAGGGUACACGGUGUCCGUAUGCCCAGCCGCCCUGUGCACCAGGAAUGCUCAGUGCCUUGGGGCAGCCAGCUCUGAGGAGCACACAGCGAGCAGGGAGAUGCCACAGCUCUGCCUCUGGCAUGGCAGGCUUGCUCCCCUGUGCUAAAUUUGGGUGCAGGAGGAACUGCUGGCUGUCCUUCAGGUCUUGGGGUUGGCACUACUGGCACACUGACACCCCCACAAUCCCAAAAUAACUGGGUGAAGAAUGUGGGUGACACCAAAUGUCUGGUUUCUUGGGCAGCCCCAGGCUUUCCCCCAGUAGGUCACACAGGAUAAAAGGAGCCAAAUUUGGGGGGGGACUUGGUGUUUUCUGGGCUCCCAAGGAAGAUGAGAAAAGUGUCCUGAUGGCUUGUUGGUAAGGGACUCUUUAUUGUCCUGGGUGAGGGAUUGGUUUAACCCUUAAGUCUCUGUUUUCUGAUGGAAAAGAUGCACAGAUCAUUCCCUUUCAAGUGGGAGUGAUUCCUGAGAAAGCAAGGAGCAAAGCUGGGAAGGAGAAGAGGUGUGUAUUUUGGGAGACAUGGGAACUGCAUAGACCUCCUCAGGGGAAAGAGGGUCUGCUCCUGAAGGAUAUUUGCAUUUUCCUGCUGGGAGAAGCAGGCAAAGGGGCUGGUUUGGGUGAAGGACACCCUGGGGAGGAGAUAAACCUCACAGGAGGUUUGUACAUGUUGUGUGGGCUGGAAAAUCUGCUGGGACCUUCCCUGUGCUGCACCACUCCCCUUCCCUCUCCCUCCCUGCAGAUGAGUAAUGCCACACGUGCUGUGCCCCCUCCCGUGGCACCUGGCACGCUGGAGCCUGGCACAGCAGCCAGGCUGGCCUCAGCCCCACCAUUCUCAGCUGUUGCCCUGCUCACGGCUGCCCACAACACCUCCCAGGAGGGCCAGCAGCUUUUCCUGACCACCACAGCAGCACAGGUCAUCUCUGGCAUCUUCGUGUGGUCUGCACUCAUCGUCACCUUCCACCAGAUCUACACACACCUGAGGAAUUACACCAUCCCCAAGGAGCAGCGCUACAUCAUCCGCAUCCUCUUCAUCGUGCCUGUCUAUGCCUUCGACUCCUGGCUCAGCCUCCUCCUCCUCGGCAGCCACCAGUACUACGUCUACUUCGACUCGGUGCGGGACUGCUACGAAGCUUUUGUGAUUUACAGCUUCCUGAGCCUGUGCUUUGAGUACCUCGGCGGGGAGAGCACCAUCAUGACAGAGAUCCGAGGGAAGCCCAUUGCGUCCAGCUGCUUUUAUGGGACCUGCUGCCUUCAGGGUAUGUCCUACUCCAUCGGGUUCCUGCGCUUCUGCAAGCAGGCCACACUGCAGUUCUGCAUUGUGAAACCCCUCAUGGCAAUUGUCACCAUCAUCCUGCAGGCGUUUGGGAAGUACCACGAUGGAGACUUCAAUGUCCACAGUGGAUAUCUUUACAUCACCAUCAUCUACAACUUCUCUGUCAGCCUGGCCCUUUAUGCUCUUUUCCUCUUCUACUUCGCCACCAUGGACCUGCUGCGCCCGUUUGAGCCGGUCCUCAAGUUCAUCACCAUCAAGGCCGUCAUCUUCCUCUCCUUCUGGCAAGGGACACUGCUGGCAAUCCUGGAGAAAUGUGGGGUGAUCCCUGAAGUUCAGAUCAUUGAUGGGAAGGAGGUGGGAGCUGGGACAGUGGCUGCUGGCUACCAGAACUUCAUCAUCUGCAUUGAAAUGUUCUUCGCUUCCAUUGCCCUGCGCUACGCAUUCACCUGCCACGUGUACAGGGAGAAGAAAGAAAACUCAACAGCAAACCUCGCCCCGAUGCAGAGCAUCUCGAGUGGGCUGAAGGAGACCAUCAGCCCCCAGGACAUCGUGCAGGAUGCCAUCCACAACUUCUCACCUGCAUACCAGCACUACACCCAGCAGUCCAUGCAGGAGGCAGAGCGCAAAGCGCCAGGGGACAACGGGCAGGUGGCCUCCAAGAUAGAUGGACAGAGCAGCAGGAAGAGCAAACACAUUGAAAAGAGAAUGCUCAUCCUGUCAGAUGAGGAGCUGUAGGAGGUAUCAGAAGAGACACUGACACUGAAGAGGUUUUAACCCAUGCAGAGGGGAGGUGUCUUGAGGCUGGGACAGCCUGGGCUAAUCAGAAUACUGAGAAGCCAGGAACUCUCUCCAAAAAGCCAGUCUCUCAAAGGGAAGAUGCAAUAACCCAGAAAAGGUUAAGUGAAAUAGUGCCAGCUUCUGCUGGCAUGGAUGAAGCUGUGCUGGACCCUGUGUUGCAGCCUGGGCUUUGCUGCCCCACUGCUGCUGUCUCUCUGCCAGCCCUGUGCCAAUGCUGGGGGAUGCCAGGCAGGGAGGGGAGCCAGGGUGCAGGACAGACCUGAUGCCCUCACCCUCCUCCUACCUCCAAGCAGUGCUGAGGCCUGAGAGAAAUGCUUUUCUCAGCACAGUUCUGCUCUAGUUUCUCCCAAUUUGAGUAAAAAAUGAUCUCCAAGGGCUCCGUGGAGAAAACCAGCCCAGGAAGGUGACUUCGCUUCACCUCAAAACCCGGUAAAGGUUGAAAGACGUCAUUCCUUAUUUUUACAUCUUUCCCCCUCUCCUUCUCACAGCAAAGCUUAUAGAGAUGUGCACAAGACUUUUACCAUGGAGAAAGAGUAAGUCAUCCUCUUCUCCCUCCAGAUGUGGAUGCAGCUGUCCAAGAAACUCCCCCGGGAGUGCGGCAGGACCUCACUGGGACUAAGCAGAGGUCUGCAGCUGCAUUUCUGAGAGCGGCCAGUGACAGAAGUGCUUGUUUAUGUCUAAACCAGCUUAUCUCUGAAUGGAUCAGAAGUUAAAAGGGAUUCCAGCUUCCUUAUCAGAAUCUUUACUAGGGAACCAGACUGUGACUGGUGGUGGUAGGAAUUCACUUACUGGGAACUGUCUGUUCCUCCGAACCCUUCACCAUUCCCCAUCCCUGGGCUUUGCCUGACCUGUGGGAAGGCAAGCAGGAGCUGAGCCCAGCUGGGUGACCAUGGUGAGGACAGAGAGGUGCUGAGGGAUGUUGCCAUGUGGGGCAAGACCACAGGCAAGGGAAGACUGUGUAUGGGGGGAUGCUCUUUGUAUCAGUGAUGGUGAGCUCAUAUCCUUCUGUUAAGACUUCUUCUCCUUUCUUCCCCAAUUUCUAGUCUAAUUUCUAUUCUCCUGUUAAUGAGAUGAUCCCUGGGAAUGAACUUAGGCACUGGUUGGGUAGUUGUCUGGGAUGGUAGCUGGCUAGUGGAAGGAUGAAGGCAAAUCUAUAGCCUCAGAUUUGCAAUCAUGUGGCAAACAAACCAAUGGAUAAGGCUUGGAGCCCUUUUAAACACAACUCAGAGAAUUUGGAUCUUUUUUUCCCCCUGCUCUUAAGCUGCAAAAUGUAAAUCACAACACAAAAUUAUUUAUUUUUUUUUCUAAUAAACAGCAAUUUCUAGCACAGAGCAAGCAAGCAUUUUCACUGAGCUCAGCAAGCAAAGCCCACGAUCUGCCUGUUCCUGCUAUAAUGCUGAUGCUCUUAAGCUUAACGUCCUCCCUGCCCCUCAGUGCUGGCCCAGCAGAAAUACCUGCACACGCAGCAUCCUGCACAUUUUGGCAUUCCUACAGGAUUUGUGCUCAUCUUUUUCACUCCACAAAGAACGUGUGUGUCUCCUGCUUUGUCUCCUUGCACAGCACCUCUUCCAACCCUCACCUAAGCUGGUUCAGAGGUGCUGGAUCUGGUUUAGCUAAGCUAAGCCCAGAUUCCAGCACCAACAAGACAAGCUCUGUUGAUUAUUAUUAUUAUUGGAAAAAUCUUACCAUGCUAUAGCCCAGACUCCACAUGAGCAACCUAUAGUUCAGCCAGUCCUGCAAGUCCCUCUGGUCCAAAGGAGCACUGCUCAUACCUGCUCAGCCGGUGAGACUGCUGCCACUUUUCCUGCAAGGAGGUCCAUAAACAAGAGCCAGAUGCUGUGCACGUCCAGGCAUUCAUCCAGGAUCCUGCACAUCCUGGGAGCCAGACUGUCCUGCAUAGAAUGUGCAGCCUCAGUACUCAGGGACAAGGCUGCUUGGCUUUGUAAUGCAGCCAGCACGGAAGCAGGGACAUCUCAGCUGAACAUCUUGGUCUUCACCCCUCUGGGAGAGGACAGCCACAGCUGCAGGAACAGAGGCUGCUCUGGCUCCUGGGGCGAGGACAGACUGCAAAGGUGAUGAUGGCACAUCUGCUGGUGCUCUCGCAGCCGCUGAGAUAAAGACUUGCACAAGAACACAGCAAGAACCGUGGUUGUACUUCAUUGCACAAAUGAUCGACUCCGGUGCAUAAUGGGCUGCCUCCACUGCUCUGCCAGCAGGUGCAAUUCCCAAUGCAGACAAUAACAUUUGCCUAUUUAUGUCAA